AAAACCGUGCUUCCUUGUGGAUUUGUGUAGAACAGAAGAAUAUAUCAUGUCUAAAUACAGCGGUGAGGAGUUUUCCAACAACGGGGACUUUUAUGAUGACUUUGCCCACACCGGCGAUCCCGCUCUGGAUAUGGAGUAUGAGCGCAACUACUACGCCAGCCGCAUGCCGGAGAAUGUCAAGUACUUCUUGAUGAACUUCUGCCAGGCCGUCAAGGAGGGAAAUCUCUAUGAUAUACAGAAUAUGUACGAGAACACAUUUCCGCAGAUUAGCGACCACCACUUUGACAAAUCAUCUUGGCCAGAGGAGACGGAGGUCGGGGCGCUCGUGGAGAACGACAAGGUGUUUAUGAUCCUGUACAAGGAGCUGUACUACCGCCACAUCCAUGCCCGCAUACCUGGUGGCCCCAAGCUGGAUCAGCGCAUCAACUCGUUCUUCAACUAUUGCGAUUUCUUCAACCUAAUCAUUUCGGCGCCGAACCCCGUCAUGCUGGAGCUGCCCGACAUUUGGCUGUGGGAGCUCGUUGACGAGUUUGUGUAUCAGUUCCAGAACUUUGCCCAAUACCGUGCCCGGCUUACGGACAAAUCGCAGGAGGAGAUUCAGCAGCUGUGCGUGAACCACAGCAAUGUCUGGAGCAUUCUGUGCAUUUUGAACGUCUUGCACUCGCUGGUGGAUAUCUCCAACAUCAAGAAGCAGCUGGAGGCGAUUUCCGGGGGAAUCGAUCCGAAUACUGUGUCCGGAGACUUUGGUAAGCUCUCCUUCUACAAGAUGCUGGGAUACUUCUCGCUGGUCGGCCUUCUGCGCGUGCACUCUCUGCUGGGAGACUACUACCAGGCCAUCAAGGUUCUAGAGCCCAUUGAGAUCCACAAGAAAUCUGCCUACUCGCACAUACCAGCCUGUCAGAUAUCGACAUCAUACUACGUCGGCUUUGCCUAUAUGAUGAUGCGCCGCUAUGCGGAUGCCAUACGCACCUUCUCCGACAUCCUGCUGUAUAUCCAGCGCACAAAGCAGCUGUACAGCACGCGCUCCUAUCAGAACGAUCAGAUCAACAAGCAGGCCGAGCAGAUGUACCACUUGCUGGCCAUCUGCCUGGUCCUGCAUCCCCAGUGCAUCGACGAGUCCAUUCAGCAGGUGCUGCGCGAGAAAAACUACCACGACGCCAUGUUCAAGAUGCAGUGCGGCGACCUGGAGGUCUUCAAGUCGUUCUUUGUGUUUGCUUGCCCACGCUUUGUCAGCCCCUGCCCCCCUGCAGCCGAUGCGCCCAUGGAGGACUACGUAAAGGACCCCAUGGAGCACCAAUUGCAGGUGUUCAUGGAUGAGGUGCGCCAGCAAAAGGAUCUGCCCACCACACGCUCGUAUCUGAAGCUCUACACCACAUUGCCGCUGGCCAAGCUGGCCUCCUUCAUCGACCCCAAUGCCAACGACGACGAUGUGUCCAAGCUCUUGAUACGCCUGCUCUGCUUCAAGCACAAGAUGCGUAAUUUGGUCUGGAGCAAGGGCCCCAGUGGUCUGGAAGGCACAUUCAAGUCCGGCUCUGAGCUCGAUUUCUACAUUGACGACGACAUGAUUCACAUAGCCGACACCAAGGUCUCCCAUCGCUACGGUGACUUCUUUGUGCGCAAAAUCCUGAAGUUCAACGACCUGAAUCGCAAACUGAAGAACAUCAACAUUUAAACCCAAUAGUUUACGAUAUAUUUAAUAUUCCAAACUGGACCGAUUCGUUCUGAUGAUACCAAUAAAAGAAUGCCUGCGCGUAUCCAUAUCCGCAGGAAAGGGUCCUCAACAAAACAAAA